AUGCACAGAGACAGAGACGCGCUGUUCCGCGGGAGCGUGGGCCCGAACCUGCGGUUGGAGGCGCAGGAGCAGGCGAGGGUGGGAGAGCUGCGCCCGCGAGGCGGCAGGGGCACGGGGCGGAGGGCUGCGGGUGCCGCGCACUGUUCGGUUGAUAGAAUCCAAGAUGACGCAAUCAAAAAGGAACGACCCUACAAGAUCUUUUUCAAAGAUCUCUUCCUAUUCAAAGAAAGUGAAUUGGCCGCAAAGAAAAAGGAAAGACUCAUGAACCGCAGCAUGAAAAUCUACCAAAAGACUACGUUUUCAUCUCGGAUGAAGAGUCGCUCACACCUCGGCCAGCUGACUUUCUAUGCUGAAGCAGGUGGCGGCUCCUACGAAAGUCUGGGGCUGGAUCCCACUCUUAUUCUCAGACUGACUGAAGGCGCGGACAGAAAGAGGACUGUGCACGAGUUUAUUAAUGACCAGAGAGAUAGAUUUCUACUUGAGUAUGCAGUCUCAACCAAGAAAAACACAAUUCAAAAGUUUGAAAAACUCAUAGCCGGGAAAGAAAAUCAACUCAGAAAAGCCGAGAAAAAGCUCCAAGCUGAUGCAGUAUCCUUUGAAGAGUUCCUUCGUGAAAAUGACCAGAGAUCUGUAGAUGCUCUUAAAAUGGCAGCCCAAGAAACAAUAAACAAACUCCAAAUGACAACAGAGCUCAAGAAAGCAAGCAUGGAAGUCCAAGCCAUAAAGAGUGAAAUAGCAAAAACUGAAUUCCUCCUCAAGGAGUACAUAAAAUAUGGAUUUUUCCUGCUGAAGUUGUCUCCGAAACACUGGCAAUUGCAGCAAUCACAAAAAAGAGCCCAGGCAGCAAAGAAUACCUCCAUUUUCCCAAGACUCUUAGAAAGAUUCUCGAUAAGUUCAAGUAAAAGAGACAGAAGCAUUGACUCGGACCAGCUAUCUUUUUCGGAAGAGCACAGUUCAAAAAAAGGGAGCCAAGGUGAGAGCCAAGGCCUAUCUACUCUCGGCACAGACACCAGGAAGGCCUCCAUGUUCAAUCCGCCUGAAAGCCUGACCUCAGAGGACAGUUUGGAGCUCUUUCUGGAGGACGAGACACUGGAAUUUGAUCUGAUACCAGAGAUUUACUUCAACGAGCCAGAAGAGUUACUCUGGGUCCUCAAAGAGCUGGAGGAACAGAAUCUCACCUUGGUCCAAUAUUCCCAAGAUGUGGAUGAGAAUCUCGAAGAUGUCAACAAAAGAGAAAAAUGUAUACAGGAUAAGAUAAACAACAACAUCGAGUUCCUGAUGGAACACAAGCAGAUGCUGAAGGCGAACUGUGAGCGGGAGGAGGAGAAGGCAGCGGAACUGGAGCUGAGGUCCAGGCUCUUCAGUUUUGGAGAAUUCAAUUCCGAGGCUCAGGAAAAGCUGAUCGACUCACUUAGUAAAAAGAUUAACCAAGUAUACAGGGUCUGCAUCGGAGAUGCUGAGGUCGGCAGCCUGAAUGCAGUUCAAAAGCUGGUCAAAGUGGAGUCUCGCUUGGUGGAACUGAGUGACCUCAUCGAGUCUGUCCCCAAAGAGAACGUGGAAGCAAUUGAAAGGAUCAAACAGAAGGAACGACGACAAAAGCUGCGUGAAGAGAAGGUGAAGGAGAAGCAAAAGUACCAGGAGGAGCGGCUGAAAGCUGCUCUGGAAAGAGCAGUAGCACAACCCAAGAAGAAGCUGGGAAGAAGACUGAUCUACCGUUCGAAACCCCCAUCUGCCAGCAAGCAGGAGCUCCUUCUAGUCAGUGAUACAAGAACGAAGUCACAGGAAGAAGAGUAUUUCUUCAGCUGA